GGUUUGGGAUCCGGUUAAAGCUCCGGACAUUCUCUUUUCGUCCUCUCAUUUUCGUAAAAACAACACCCUCGCCACGAGAAGGCAAUGAGUAGAACUUCCCUGGCAGAGGCUAUAUACGCAUGGUCAUGUGAGAGCAUUUGGAGAGGGAGAGCGGACUCUCCCCACUCUCGGCCGUACCAAGGCAUUUGGGGGCUUAUGUAUUAAACUUUGACCUGUACAGUUUUUUCGAUGAGUAGCAACAUUAUCCAGCUAUUCAAACGAAAGUAAAUGUAUUAUAAUCCAGUUUGGCAACUUAAUAAAAUCAAGAUGAGUAGUUUAAGCACUAAGAUUGUUUUCAAUAGAACUACUUAAAUUUAAUAGUUAAGCAUAAUUUCAAACUUAAUUUACUCAAACUUAUUAUUCUUUUCUAAUUUUUUUGCAAAAUCAUUGAUAGAAUUGAUUUUCUAAAACUGUAACACAUUUAGCUUUAUCCAUGAACUAAUUUUUAUUGAAAGCCUAAUGGAUGAUAAAUUGAAACGUGUUCUUGAAUGAAUCGAUGACGACGGAAUUCCGUGAAGAAUACUUUUUUGUUUGCUGUUUCUUUAAUGCUGUGUAAUUUUACAGUAAUCAUUUUUAUCGAUUCUUGAAACCCAUUAGCCUAAUAAUGUCAUACAUUUGACAAAGAAUAUUCUCACUAACCGUAAAUGACUGUCACUUCAUUAUGUAAAUGAAGGAAUACUAAUUAAUGUAUUUUAAAUAUAAUUACAUAAUUCCAGCCACGAAUGGUUAAGUUGAUACAGAAAGGAAUAAGACGUGUAAAAUAAUAGAAAUAAAUUAUUCGAAGAGUUGUGGUUCACAGAUUAUUUUAACCGAACGUUAGUUAUAACAAUUUCGAUAAUGUAAAUUAGUAGUUUGUGUCCGGUGAUUUUUAGUAAGAGGACUAAGACAUCACGUUUAAGAGUGUAAGAAAGCGAGAUUCCAAUACCAUUACAAGGUUUUUAGAAUCAUCUACAAUUAAAGAGAAAUCUAAAACCAAAAGCGCAGAAUUACAACAACAAUUAGUGUGGUAGAUCUAUUGUCAUAUAUGCGUUUGGUCAUUUUCUAACUUACUAUUUUAGAUAGAUUUUAGUCGAAACAAUCAACUGUUCUACGUGAAUGCUUACUAUAACAAGAUCAAUAAUAAAACUAGAAUAUGGAAUGAGUUUAUUCAGGAAUAGCGUAAGUGCUAACAAAUGAAAUAUCUGUACGAGGGUAAAUUCAGUGUAUAUACUUAGUGUAGUGAAGGAGAACACAGGUAAAAACAACCGAAUUAUAUUUCAGAAUAUUAAAGAUACCCAUUGUGAAAAUUAGAACAACACAUACAAGCGAACAAGUGUUUUCAUUUAGAUCGUCAUCACGCUUCACAGAGUUACUCGGUAAAAUAGAAAAACCAUACUAUAGUACUUAAUUUGCAGAAUGUUCAAUAAUUGUCUCGAACGUUAUUGUUAUUGCAUUUCCAUACUAAUUGCUUUCUAUUCCCGCUAUUCCUUUCUUGAUCUUCCCAAUCUUCUGCUGCCAGACAUUACAUUCCUGACUCGCGUCAUAUACUACUUAUAUCAAUAUAAGUAGCACGCACCACAUUAGUAGUAACUCUGAUCUUUAUAAUUGUACUAGCCAGCUGAGAUACAUAUUUGAUGGUAUAUACAUUUUAAGGCAGUCUAAUAAAAGAAGUAAUUGUCAAUGAAUCACAUAUACUGUGAUAGUAUACUUUUGUUGUUGUUGAAUAGAUUCUGGUAAAUCUAUCCACAAGGUUUUCGAUAAGAAUUCCCUUAAGUACUAUUCAAUCAUACUGAUAUUCAACAAUCUCUCAUAUUCAUCGUUUACAUUACAAAUAAGCAAUUCACUGUAAUAAAGUAAACAGUAAAAGGAUUGUCGAUAAAUAAAUAAACAUUUACUGUCUAAUUGACAAUGAAAAUCAAUAUUAUUCAUUGAUCUUUGAGCAACAACAACAACAACAACAACGAAGCAAUAGAUUUAAUAACGUGUACAUUAGUUUAUUUAUUAAAUCACAACAAAUUAAGCAAAUUUUUGUUUCUAUGAACAAGCUAAUUAAUAGUUUCUCAUUGAAAUUGCAUAAUGCAACUAUAUUAUUGAACAAGUUAUCUUUUUGAAGAAAAUUAAAUGAAUAAUAAACAAUGAAAUAAGAAAGAUUAGAAUUGUCAUUGUUUUUUUCCAAUGAUUCAAUUGAGAUAUUUGUGAAUACAUACUGUUGUACCUCAUAUAUAUAUAAAUGACCAAUGAAGUCCAAUACCGUGUCGGGUAGAGACAGAUAUUCUAUUGAACGUAAUACUGACUAGUGUUGGGAAUGGUUGGAAGAAAGUUAGGGUCGGCCAAGCCAAAACGUAGCAUCAGUGCUUGAAAGUACUAACUCCUAGUCUGAGCCAUGUUGGUAGAAGCAAAAUACUUACUUGGGGCCCGCAUGACUAUCGUAACCAAUGGUCGGAGACUUUGAGUGACAUGGCUCAGAAUCGAUCACAACGGCGUAGGUCUACAUAGUUUCUGUCCUCCCUUAAACUAUGAGAUUAAAGUCGCUUCAUAUCUUUCUUUCUACGAACUAAUUCUUUCUUUCUUUUGUAUAUUACACCAUUGAAUAAACUACUUCUAUGGAUCUGGUAUUCGUCUUGCUAUGCUAAUGAAGUAUAGCAACUUGGACCGAUGGAUAUAUGUGCCUAGUCCUAUGUUGUAACCGACUGACUGACUGAUAAUAUCAUGGCAUUAACACUGUUGAUGGCAAACUCAAUAAUCGAGAAGUUGUGCGUUUGCGUAAGAAAUUGAAGGUUCCGGGUUCGAAUCCUGCGUGCGAGAUCGUGGAUGCGCACUACUGAAAAGUUUUAUACUAGGAGUAAACGGCCAUACAAUGCUUCGAAUGGUGGUCUAACUUAUAUCGACUAAUGAAUUUAACUCUUAACAAAAUACAAAUACAUUAUAACUCUUCUCGUACAUGUAUUAAACAUUAUUACUAUCGGUAUUUCUGGAGUAUAAUUCUGUCAAGAAAAAAAAGCAACAUAUUUGUUAUAAUAAUGAUAAAAUAAAUGUGUUAAUAUAUGCGUCUGUUGAUAAGUAGACAUUUUAUAUUUUUCUUUAGAAGGAAAAAUCCUUAACUUUCUUACAUGGUUAUUGUAUAUUUGAUGUAUGAUAUUCAUUAAAUAACCAUUUAAUUGAAUUACUCAUUAAUUGUUGUUUUAAUUAAUUAAUUAAUUUUUAUUACAUGAUAAUCAAAAGAUAAUUUGCAAUUGAAUGUUUGAUUUUAGAAUGUAUCCAAAGAUUUUACAUGAAUAUUCUGUCGUUUAUAUUAAGGAAUCACACAGUUUAUGUAUAGCAUUUCAGUAGCUUUUCUUUCCCACUGAUUUAUUUAUAUGUACAAAUUCAAGGUUUAUUUUGAGUGAAAUUAUUAUUUACAUAAUAUUGAUAUGGGUGCAUUAUUUAUUUAUUUAUUUAAACACAUAAAUAUUGAUACUUAAUGGCAUUAAAUAGAUAUUUGCCACAUAAAUCAUUCGAUUUAUGUGAAGAUUGGGAUACUGCCCGGUUGCUCAAACCGAAGCAGGUGGUGGGAGAGCUGGCUCUCCCCACUCUCGGCCGUACCAGGACAUUUGGGGGUAAAAUCAAUAACAAUUAUAUCGACUCAUUGUUUUCAUAUCUUGAGUUAAGUAAGCAUUACUUCAUAUUUUUUAUCUUUUUUUUUCUGGUUUAUAAAUCUUAUGUUUAGCUUCAUUGAUGAUAAAUAUUAUAAUUUCUGCAUUUCUGUUUCCAAACUGAUCAAAUUCAUUUUUUAAUAUUCGAUCCAAGUCCUAUAUGUUGUGUUUUUGACUGACUGAUUAACAGUACUGCAUUAAUACGUAUUUUAUAUUCCUAUUUUAUAUUCAGUUUUGUUUCUAGGUUGCAGUUAAUGUUAUGUGUCUUGAAGUAGUGUUCAGUGUAGCGUACAUGUGGGAACUUGAAAAAUAGAAGAUCGGGAGAAAAGAGAUCUAACAAUACAAUAUACUCUAACGUUUAAUAAUGAAACCAAUCGAUAACAAUCAGCAAUAAAAACAACAUAAAAUUAAGAAAAUCUUAAAAAGUUGGUGUAAAUUGUGAUCAAUAAACGGACUCAUCAAUGAUAAAGUGAAAUGCCCACCACCACAUUAACUUUCCUUGACUUUGUAUGACUAUGUCUUGCUUAUUCACCAAUCACAAUUUUAUGUUCAUUAUAAAACAAUAUUUGCCUUGUUGACUCAUUUUUCCUAUGCUCUAGUUACUGUUCGAAACAGAUAAAGUUUAUCAAGCCAAAUAGCUUACUUGUUUUGACUUUGGUUAAACCAAGACUCUGUGCUCGACAGUCUAGAGAAUAGCUUAGAGUUGCACCUGUAGGAAAUUACUUUUUACAGUUGGAACUACGUAUAUAUGUUUCUUUUUUUUUGUAAAACAUUCUAGUUGGUUGUUUUACGUUAUAGUAAUGAAAAGGCCCCGCGUUGAACGGUAUACUUGACGUUUUAAAUGAAUACAGAUACAUGCACCAGUCAGUAGACUGAUUGAGGGUUAAAAUAAGAUUUUUAUUUUAAAUUGGCAAUAUUUCUCUAUCGCCUAAUACAUUUUCAGUGAAAUCAAUUUGUUUUUGUCCUUUAUGAUGUUUCAUUUUCCUGACUUUAUUAUCAAAAAGAAAAAGAAAUUCAUUUCAAUGAUUGACAUUCCACUGAUCAUAAAAUAACAAACAUCACCAUUUCACAAAAUAAUACAAGUGAUAAUACUAGAAUCAUAUACAGACCGGCAACUAAAACUACAAAGACUUCAACACCAUUAUCAAGGAAACUGAAUUCAGAUAAUGAUGCUAAUCAUACCAAUAGUUUCUUAUCCUUAUAUACCAGAUGCAUUAAAAAUUCAAAUAAACGAAAGAAAAAACAGUUAAAUGAUAAUAACAACAAUAACAACGAUCAUAAUCAUCAAUCAAAUUUUUGUUUAAAUUUUUGCCGACAUUGUUCAUCAAAUACACCUUCUUCAUCAUCCUCAUCGUCAUCAACAUCAUCAACCGUUACAACUGGGGCAGGGGCAGCGGUAGCGGUUGUAGCAACGGCAGGACGUAAAGAAUCAAAUAGUUUUUCACUUCCAUUUCCAUUGGAUAAUAAAAAUCAUGACAGUUUAAUUAGUUAUGCAUCAAAAAAUACUAUUAAUCCUGGAAUUAAAAAUACACUUACUCCUAAUCAUACAAAUAACACUGUAAUGUCUGUAUCGAAUUGUUCAAAUCAAUUGAAUAACAUUUCAGUUCAUUCUAACAAGAAUGAUGAUAAUAAUCAUCACAAAAUUGAUGCUCAAAACACAUCUGUACAUAUAACUAAUAGGCAAAUAACUGAUAAAUUACAUUGUAAUACCACUAAUUCUAUAGAUUAUCAAAAUAAAUCGAACAUCAUCACUACUGUUAUACCAACUAUACCUAUAAUAACUAAUAUUGAGACAAUAAAUAAUCAUAAACAUAAUUCACCAAUGAUUAUCAAUGAUCAUUCAGUAUAUUUUAAUGAUCAUUAUAAACAUUUAUUAGAACUAUCUAAACUUCCAAUAUAUGAUUCAACAAAACUUUGUAUUCAAUGUCAAAAUAAUAUUCAAUUAAUUAGUAAAGAUUAUGAACAUAUACUACUUUUAACAAAUAAUCAGGGAAAACACGAUCAGAUCAAUGUUAUAAAUAAUACCAUUAAUAAUAUGAUUAAUAAUAAUGGUGUGAAUGGGAAUAUUGAGCAUACUACUGACAAGUCAAAAAAAAUCAAUGAGAUGGAGUCAGACAUAGAGGAAUACGUUAAACAUGUUCAACAGAUUUUUAAUCACAUCAAUAUGACAAAGGAUGAAAUCUGUCAAACUGAUUCAAAACCUAAUCAUAAUAUUGAUAAAAAACAAUUAUGGGAUGCAUUUAAUACAAGUUAUCAAAAUCAAGAAAAAAUAUUACGACCUUCACAUAAUGAUAUAAAUGCAUAUCAUUUAGAUGAUGAUGUUGAUGAAGAUGAUGAUGAUGAUGAAGAAAUGAUAGAAACUCAUUAUGAUAAUGUUCAUAGUUGCCGUAAAAUGAACAAUUUCUCCAUUGAUAAAAUGGAUACAAAACGAAUUUCAAAAAUCUAUAGACAACUUCAUAAUUUACGUUGUCAAGUUGAAUCGUUCUCCUAUCUAAGUUGGCUUGGAUUAACCGCAGAACAACCCCCAACCCAGAAAAUUCUAGUUCCUGGCUUUAAUGCACCAGCUCCAAAUCCUCAAAUGCACUUGAUUCGUCGAUCUGAUGCAGAUAGUCGGAGAAAUAUACAAGAAUUUAAACUUCUAUGUAAAGAACCUGUUUCUAAAGAAGAUUUAAUUGAAUUACGCUCAUCUACUUUUAAUAAUUGGUCUAGAACAGAUGCUCAAUUAAUACGUUUAGUUCGGGAAAUGUUUCAAGAACUUGGAUUUAUUAAACAUUACAAUAUACAAUUACAUCGAUUAGAUUUAUGGCUUACUGAUAUUUAUAGACGUUAUAAUCGUGUUCCAUUUCAUAAUUAUAAACAUGCAUUUAUGGUAACACAAAUGUGCUAUGUUUUAAUCUGGGGUGGAAAUUUGACCAAUCUACUUGACAUAGAUGAUCAGCUUAUUUUGAUUAUAUCGGCCAUCUGUCAUGAUUUAGAUCAUCCAGGAUUCAAUAAUGCUUAUCAGAUCAAUGCUGGAACCGUGUUGGCGAUGAGAUACAAUGAUCAAAGUCCAUUGGAAAAUCAUCAUACGGCUGUUGCAUUUGAUUUACUGAGUCAUAAAGAAGUCGAUCCCUUCUCCCAUCUUUCAACUACUAUUAGACAACGAAUUCGCAAAGGAGUGAUUAGAUGUAUAUUGGCUACAGAUAUGUCACGUCAUAAUGAAAUAUUAGAUGAAUUUAAUCGUCAAGUUUUGACUGAUUUAAACGCUGCAUGGGAAAUUGAUCCAAAUACAAAAAAACCUACAUGGGUUAUGAAUAAAAUACAGAAAGAUCUUGUUAUGGUCAUUAUUUUGAAAAUAUCUGAUAUAUCUAAUGAAGCACGUCCUUUAAAUGUUGCUGGUCCAUGGAUAAAUCGAUUAUUAGCGGAAUUUUUUCACCAAAGUGAUUAUGAAAAACUUGUUGGUCUUCCAGUUGCUCCAUUUAUGGAUCGACAUAAAGUGACUAAAUCAGCCAGUCAAUGCGGUUUUAUUCGUUUUGUUAUUUUGCCUCUAUUCGAAUCGUUAGCUAAAUUAUUACCAGAAGUUAAACCAAUUAUUGUUCAACCGGCCUUAGAACAAUUGGCCUACUAUACAGACUUACAAAAUAACGAAGAAAAGAAAACCAAUACUGAUAAUCAGAAAUCAAAUAAUAAUGAACAUCAAAGUGAUAAUAAUCAUAAUCAAGACAAAAAAGAACAUAACAAAUAAAAUAUGAUUACUUCGAAUGAGUCUACUGAUCCUGGACAACUUCCAAGCAUAAAGUUUUUCUUUAUCGUUACUUUCAUUACAGUUGAUAAUUAUUUUAUUGUGUUAAUUUAACCGUUGAAUAGCCAGAUAUUUCAUUGUUCGUGUUAACUGUGGCGAAAAGACUUUUUUUUUCUCAAUAACAAUAAACACGUUUACAAAUCAUUUCAGGUAAAUUAUCAAGAAAUGUACUAAUUUUCAUUUUGGUGUUAAUGUUGAUAUUUUUUAACGUUAUAUUGUAAAUUAGAUGAGUAUUUCCUCAGAGGUUCUUUGACUGAAUCCCUCGGUCAUAUCUCUCACCCAAAUAAUCGCUUUUGCUCAAUAUCUGUAUUAUUACACCCUCGGAUGAUAUAUGUAUGCAGAUAUCAGAAAUUGUUUAUUGUAAAUUAGCUUUUCAAAGAAUCUGAUAUUUAUAUUUUGAAGUCUACAAUUAGUUUUAAUCUAAACGAAUAAGUUGUAUACAAACUGAUCUAUUUUUUAAAAAAAAUAAUAUACUUCUGUUUAUCGACUGUGUACAUUAACCUUUCAACCUUAAUCAUCAAUAUAUUCUAUUUCAUUUUGAAUCAACUAAACAUUUUAGGAUACGUUUUCAUACUACUAUCAUUAUAAAUAAGUAAGCAAAAACAGUGCACUUAAAUUUUCUUUCUCAUUGGAGUACUGUUUUUAUUACUAAUAAAUGAAUAAAGGUCUUUAAUAAUCUCUAACUCUAUAUUUCUUCUUUAUAUAGUUUUAUCUUAUCUCUAAAAUUAAUUUUACAAUCUAUAUAGUGAUAACAGAUCUGUUAUCUUUGUAUUUAUUAUUUUAUAAAACAUUACGAUUGUUUUAUGACAUACAUUCGCUUAUUAUGUUUUGUGUUUUAUUAAGCAUAUAGAGACUAUAAAAUAUUAUUGAUGAAAAUAUUUAUUAACUCAAUCCAGCUGUAAUUUUAGUCUUUUUCUUUUCUCCGUUUAUACAAAUUACAACCACCUUGUGUUUUUUUUUUGUCAUUUUCUUUUUGUACUCUUCUUUCGUCAAUAUUUUUCAUUCUUGUAUUUUUAAUAUUUAAACAGGCAAUAAGUUAUAAUCUUUUAUGAAUAAGACAUAAAUCAAUGAAGUAUUGUGUAUUCCAUUCAUAAUGAUAUCUUUUUUAUGUUAAUAUAUUGUACUUAUGAAAAUAGAAUGGAGCUGAAUCUUUUUCAAUCUACUGCCUAUAUAGGAUUCUUUAAUCUAAUUAUUCUAUUAUGUUCAUAUUUGUUUGUUUGUUUGUUUUAAUUGUUUAUUGGAAUAAAUGCAUUCCUUAAUUGUUAAAUAAGACAUUGUAAGUGUUUUGUUUUGUCUAUUGUUAACAUCUAUUCAGUAUGCGAUUGUUUCUUUUUUCUCUUUUUUUUCUUUUUUUUUCGUUGUUUAUUUUAAAAUAUGCACUCAGAAAACAGAAAUCUGUAUGUUGUUCCUUCUUAUUCUUCUUCUUCUUCUUCUUCUUCUUCUUCGCUACUUUGUAUUGAACUUUUUAAAAGAAAAUAAUGUUUGCUUUUUUAUACGAUGAUUAUAGUACAGUGAAGUUAUACUGCCUCUAUUCUUAUUAAUCAAUGAUACCUUCAAUGUUGAUAUCUUCAUUACUAUGUAUUCUAUCUAUCUAUCUAUUUUAUUGUUGUCCAUAAUGUUGGGUUGUUUUAUUUGUUUGUUUGUUUGUUUGUGUUUUUUAUAUCUACAUGCCUUUUAAUGAUCUUUUUGUGUGUUUGUUGUACUUUUGUUAUUUUUUUUCAAAUAUUGUAAGCUUCUUUUAUACAAUUUGCAACUGAAUACUCAUAUAUAUAUAUAUAUAUAUAUAGAUGAUUGUUACUUCAGUUGUAUGUAAUUAUUGUCUACAUGAAAUUAGAAUACAUUAAUAAGAAGAUAGUUACUUGGUAUUGAUGUUU